AUGAAGAGCCUCAUCUUCCUCGUACCAAUCCUUUGUCUCGUCAUUUCACCAACCACAACGAUCGCUAGUUGGCCAAAACCUUCGGAAGUUUCCAAUGAGGACAUGUUGAUGAAUACCGAACACAACCAUUACUUUGGUAAUAAAUUGAACUUCAAAGAUUCCAAAGUCUGGAAAUGUACAUACAACAACGGAUCUGGAGCUGCCGUCUCUAUUUCCUACCCUUCACCUCCACAUCCGCCGUCUCCGAAGCCACCAACUCCGUCGUCUCGGCCUCCGUCACCUCUAUCACCGAAAAAGUCUCCACCAUCGCCUAAACCAUCACCGCCACCACGAACCCCCAAAAAAUCCCCACCACCGCCUAAACCAUCAUCGCCGCCACCAAUACCCAAAAAGUCUCCACCACCUCCUAAACCCUCAUCGCCGCCACCAACCCCCAAAAAGUCUCCACCACCGCCUAAACCAUCAUCCCCGCCACCAAGUCCCAAAAAGUCUCCACCACCUCCUAAACCAUCCCCGUCUCCUCCAAAACCAUCAACACCUCCACCAACACCUAAGAAGUCUCCUCCCUCUCCUCCCAAACCCUCGUCACCGCCACCAAGUCCUAAAAAAUCUCCACCGCCUCCUAAACCAUCUCCAUCUCCUCCUAAACCAUCAACGCCACCACCAACUCCUAAGAAGUCUCCGCCACCUCCCAAACCAUCUCAGCCACCUCCUAAACCAUCUCCUCCACGUCGUAAACCAUCUCCGCCGACUCCUAAACCAUCAACAACUCCACCAUCUCCUAAACCAUCACCUCCGCGUCCAACUCCCAAGAAGUCUCCACCACCACCAACAACUCCGUCGCCUAGUUAUCAGGAUCCGUGGGUGCAUUUCGCGAACUGCAUUAGCGAAUUUGGACCGUCGGCAAUAUGUAAGCAACAGAUGGAAGUAAGUUACUACAGAAGAGGGUUUCUUGUUAGUGACUAUUGCUGCAACCUUAUUGUCAACAUGAGACAUGAAUGUACCGAUGUCAUUUUGGGCUUCUUCACCGAUCCUUUCUUCGUUCCACUUAUUCGUUACACUUGCCAUGUUAAGUAUUAGUUAGCUCUUAUUUGGUUUUUCUUUCUUUUUUUUUUUAAUUAUAGGGCUUUUUUUU